AUGGCCGUCACCACCACAUCAACAACGCCCGAGUCGCACCUGAGCCAGCCUGACUUCAGCUUUGAUUGGGAGAGAUGCGUCGCGGAUCUUCCGGCGGACCUCUUCCAGCCAGUUGUGGGCUCUGUCUUGCCCCCGACUGAUGACUGGCUCUAUGGACUGCAAGGCAGUACCAGUACGAACGGGUUAGAAUGGUCUCUUCCGGACUUGGGUGCACCACUAGACGCACCAAUCUUCGGAAGCACACUGCCAACUGGAAACCUGCAUGCAACCACUUAUGACACAACUUUUCUUUCCAACCAAAUCUCAGACUUCAACAUGCCACCAGAAGCAAGUCAAUUCAAUGCCUCUGCGCCGUCACCCUCGCCCUCUCUCGGUCAGGAUCAGAGGACUGGCUCGAAACGGCGUUCAUCGCCCGACGAUCCCGAGUCGUCUCUUAAACGUCAGCGCAACAAUGUCGCUGCCCGCAAGUAUCGACAAAAGCGGAUUGAUCGCAUCACUGAACUCGAAUCUGAAGUUCAGGGCGUCAAGGAGGAACGGGAUGACUUGCGGCUUCGUCUCGCCCGUCAGGAAGCCGAAAGCGCAGCUCUGCGCAGCAUGUUGCAAAUGAAAUCUGGUUCGAGUGGGAAGAGUUAG